AUGGUGGACCUCCCCCCUACGGCGUUAGUGUCUGUGAAUGCUGUUGGAAUUGUCGACAAAUUGGCUCGGGAAGCAAGGAAAUGGCAAGACCCUCUAAAGAAGAAGAAUGCACAGAAUUUAACGUUCUGGACUGUAGAGAAGUACAAGAUUUCCGUGUCUAAGAAGCCCUAUCAAAGUGGGCCGAGGUGGCGAAAAGAGCUAUGCCUCCUUCAGAUUGGCCCUUCAAGAAGGAUUGUUAUGGUUCUAGCUCGUGUUUCGUCACAAAAACAGGUCUUCCAUUCUCUCUAA